AUGAAACAAGCUACUGCGGAGGGCCUUGCUCAGAGAAUUGCCAAUGGGGAUGUUCCCGAGACCAUUAAGGGGAACAAGGUUAUAACCCUUGAUGUGGGUCUUCUUGUUGCUGGGACAAAGUAUCGUGGUGAAUUUGAGGAAAGGCUGAAGAAGCUGAUGGAGGAAAUUAAACACUGCAACGAAAUUAUAUUUUUUAUUGAUGAAGUGCACACAUUGAUUGGAGCAGGAGCAGGAGCAGCAGAGGGGAUGAUUGAUGCUGCAAACAUUUUGAAACCUGUGCUAGCUCGGGGUGAAUUACAGCACAUUGAGAAAGAUCCAGUGUUAGAAAGACUGUUCCAGCCUGUCAAGGUCCUGGAGCCUCCUGUGGAUGAAACUCUACAGAUUUUAAAAGGGCUUUGCGAACUAUAUGAAAUCCAUCACAAGGUUCGUUACACUGAUGAAGCUUUGGUUUCUGCGGCUCAGCUGUCAUACCAGUACAUCAGCGAUCACUUUCUUCCAGAUAAAGCCAUUGAAUUGAUUGAUGAAGCUGGUUCCCGUGUUCAACUUUGUCACGCUCAACUUCUUGAGGAAGCUAGGGAGGUAGAGAAAGAACUCAGGAAGAUCACGGAGGAGAAAAUUGAAGCAGUCGAAAGUCUAAACUUUGAAAAGGCUGGGGAAUUACGUGAUAGGAAAAUGGAUCUGAAGGCACAGAUAUCCGCUGUUAUAGACAAAAACAAAGAAAUGACCAAGGUGGAGAGUGAGGCAGGGGAUGGAAGUCCUGUUGUGACCGAAGUUGACAUUCAGCACAUUGUUUCUCCCUGGACGGGAAUACCUAUUGAGAAAGUUUCUACUGAUGAAUUCGGUCGUCUCCUCAAGAUGGAGACACUCCACACACCGGUCAUUGGCAGGACAAAGCUAUCAAAGCCAUUAGUCGUGCCGUUCGCAGUGCCCGUGUUGGUCUUAAAAACCCCAACUGACAUUGCGAGCUUUAUCUUUUCUGGGCCAACUGGUUACAUUGGUUACGUCGAAGGUGGGCAGUUAACGGAGGUUGUUCGACGUCGUCCUUGCACUGUUGUGCUACUACUGCAGUGUGAUACUCCUAUUCUACUACUCGAUCACUUUCUUCCAGAUAAAGCCAUUGAAUUGAUUGAUGAAGCUGGUUCCCGUGUUCAACUUUGUCACGCUCAGCUUCUUGAGGAAGCUAGGGAGGUAGAGAAAGAACUCAGGAAGAUCACGGAGGAGAAAAUUGAAGCAGUCAAAAGUCUAAACUUUGAAAAGGCUGGGGAAUUACUUGAUAGGGAAAUGGAUCUGAAGGCACAGAUAUCCGCUCUUAUAGACAAAAACAAAGAAAUGACCAAGGUGGAGAGUGAGGCAGGGGAUGGAGGUCCUGUUGUGACCGAAGUUGACAUUCAGCACAUUGUUUCUCCCUGGACGGGAAUACCUGUUGAGAAAGUGUCUAGUGAUGAAUUCGGUCGUCUCCUCAAGAUGGAGAAACUCCACACACCGGUCAUUGGCAGGACAAAGCUAUCAAAGCCAUUAGUCGUGCCGUUCGCAGUGCGGCACAACCAGAAUUUUUGGGGUUGA